UGCUCCGCGCGCCAGUCCGGAGCGCCGGGGUGGCGGUAGGGCACCGUCAGCAAGCCCGCUUCCGUGUGGUCGUGGCGGACGAGUGCCAUUACCUUAAAAACGCCGGCGCGCAACGGACCAAGGAGCUCUUGCCCCUGCUGGCCGAGGCCACGCGCGCCAUCCUCCUCUCGGGCACCCCGGCUCUCUCCCGUCCGCGUGAGCUGUGGACGCAACUGAAUGUGCUGAACGGGCGAGCCUGGAGCGACAUGUCCUCCUUCAUUCGCCGGUACUGCACCGGGGGCCGGGGCCGCAAGACGUCGGGGCCCGGGAAAAAGUGGCAGGGG